AUGGUUCAAAAAACAUAUAAGGUUCCCCGUCGUCCAUUUGAGAAGGAACGAAUUGAUCAGGAACUUCGUUUAAUCGGUGAAUUUGGUCUUCGAAACAAACGUGAAAUCUGGCGCGUAGCUUAUACACUCUCAAAUAUUCGUCGUGCUGCACGUGAACUACUCACGUUAGAUGAUAAAGAUCCUCGUCGGCUUUUCGAAGGAAAUGCUUUGAUCCGAAGGCUUGUUAGAAUUGGUGUCUUGGAUGAGACUAAAAUGAAACUCGACUAUGUCUUGGCUUUGAAAAUUGAAGAUUUCUUGGAACGAAGGUUACAAACUCAGAAGCAUAUUGACUUUGCCCUUACCUCACCUUAUGGUGGUGGUCGUCCUGGUCGUGUAAGGAGAAAACGUCAACGAAGCGCUACUAAAGGUGACGAAGAAGAAGAGGACGAAUAA